GGAAACAGCCGAGCGAUUCUUCCAGUUUCUAUUGCGCAUACAACGACACCUUGAUGAACGAUCCAAACCAACCAGAUGGCUUCAUUCCACCUGGCAAACCGGUGGAUGAGGCACCAUCUUUGAGCGCCAGCGCUGAUGACGGGUGGGGUAACAUUCUUCUGUCCGAUGCCGGUCUCGAUAUCCUGCUACAGCGAGCGAAGCAGAGUGUAGCUUCAGGCAAGGAACUCGCGAGUUUCCUUAGGAAGCGAGCACAACUUGAGGAAGAGCAUGCCCGAGGCCUGCAACGGCUAUACCGGCAAACCCAGGAGAACCUUCGGAAACCUGAAGUCAAGCAGCAAUCAUUCUCAAGACAGAUCAUUUCCGCAUUACAGGUUCAUGACAAGCUCGUCGAGAAUAGUUUGUCUUUCGUUAACCAGCUGCAUGAAAUGGUAGACGAGAUCGAUAAGAUGGCCAAAACGACACAUGCAACUCGCAAGCAGUUGAAGGAGACGGGUUUGAGGAGUGAGCGCAAUGUGGUGGAUGCGGACAAAGAAGCGGAAAAAUCUAAAGCAAAGUAUGAGUCUAUCUGCGAGGAAUACGACCGUACACUGGCCCUUAAAGCCAACGACGUAGCUGCAAAGAAGUCCAACAAGACAUUUGGCUUCAAGUCAUCUAAAUCUGGAUCUCAGCUAGUGAAGCACGAAGAAGAAACUCGUUCGCGAGCAGAGAGCGCAGAUCGCGAGUACAAGGAAAAAGUCAGAAUCGCUCACGAUAUGCGCGAGGAGCUCUUACAUCAACUUCGACCACGCCUUGCCCGGCAAUUUCAGGACCUUAUUUCCGAAAGCGACUCAACAAUGUCCUUCCAAUUACAGAAAUAUGGAUUUUUGCAAGAAGCGCUCCUACUUAACCAUGGUGUCUCAAUUUCCCCAGCCGAGCCGCGUCAGAAUGGCGAAGGACUCCGGAACAUACUCGCAGACAUUCAGGACGAAGAAGAUUUUGUUGAAUACGUCACCGGAUUCUCCUCCAAAGCCAGUGUACCACAGCGAUCAGAGGUACAUUAUGAGGCACAUGCUUCAUUGCACCCACCAGCUACCCCUGAGAAUCCAACAUUUGGAGUUCACCUGCGCCAGCUCACACAAUCUGAAGGAACGGCUGUUCCGCAUGUUGUCAUUCAGUGCUGUACGGCUGUGGAUAAGUUUGGUUUGGAUGUUCAGGGAAUCUAUCGUCUAAGCGGUACGGCGUCACAAAUACAGAAGAUCAAAAACAUGUUCGACGAAGAUGCCGAGAACGUCGUGUUGAACUCGCCAGAUGAUUUCUUUGGCGACAUCAAUGGCGUGACAGGCGCCUUGAAGUCGUUCUUCCGUGAACUGCCCGACCCACUUUCCACAAACACGCUUUACCCCGAAUUCAUCCAGGCCGCGAAGAUCGACGAUGACGUUCAGAGGAGGGAUGCUUUGCAUGCCGUAGUGAACAAACUCCCAGAUCCGAACUACGGUAUCUUGAGAUAUCUAUGUUUCCACCUGCAUCGCGUCCAGCAAAACGAAGCCGCCAACAAGAUGCCAAUUACCAAUCUUGCCAUUGUCUUCGGACCUACGUUGAUGGGCAGUGGUGGAGCAGUUGCAGAUAUGGGAUGGCAAUGCAGAGUUGUGGAGACGAUCUUGUCCUAUUGUUACGACAUAUUCGAAAGCGAGUAAGGACCGAUAUGCGUGAGAGAUUUCGGG